AUGAGGCGUCUGGUGAAAGAAUUCUGGUACCGCUGGGUAAAGGAGUAUCUUCCUACAAUAGCCAGUCGCAGUAAAUGGGUAGAAGAUUCGGAGCAGCUGAAAGAAGGUGAUUUGGUUUUCAUCGUGGACGAGUCGACGCGCAGUGGGUGGCUACGAGGUAAAAUAUUGUCUGUUACGAAGGGACUCGACGGACGAGUCAGACAAGCCUUCGUCAAAACUCGUGGCGGAGUGCUACGAAGACCGGCCACGAAGGUUGCUGUGUUAGGCAUCGAGGAUACCAACUCAGGCGAGGAGAAGGUAGAUAACGCUGGAAGCAAGAAGGCUUGUGACCCGCGUUAUGGGUCGGGCGAUGUCGAGCGAAACAUGAGUAAUCAACAUCGAACAGCGCUGCUCGCGCUGAUUUUCACUUUUUUGUGCCUGCUGACGACUCCAACGCACAGUCAGGAAAAUAUUAUGACACGGGUCGCUCCCGGGUUGCUGGAGUGCUAUGAAACUCCCGAGCUGUUCGAGCGGGACAACCGCUUGCCGAUGACAAUGAACAUUUUGAUCGAGCUGAUUCAGAAAAUCGAAGACUCGCCCCAGUUCACGCAAGAUAUUCGUCAGCUGACUAUUGGAUUGUUGCACCGAUUCCGCCAGGAUGGCAUAGUGCGAGCGUCCGGAGUGCAGAACACUGCCGGUGUGCUACCGUUCAGCCCGAGCGGGUUCCACUUUACAAAACAUCGCAUUCUCUUUUCCCGCCUGCUGCCGGGAAAUGCACAGGGUUUCCCAAACAACACACUGGACGCACAGGAAAGGUGUGCGCUACACUUUAUGUUGUCCAGCUCGAUUGACACCAUGGUUCGGGGAGACGAAAGCGUUCGUUGCACUCAGCUGUCCCAGUAUCGUGCCGUUCGUGUGCCACGGGAACUGGACAUGAGAGAUAAAAUGAAGCAGCGUUCGAACUACCUGGGUGAUAUCGAAAUGCUACAGCAACCGGAAAUGAAUCAAAUUCGGAAGCAGAUCAGAAAGUUGAAACAAGCAGCUCGCCUGGAGAUGGAACCGGAGGAACAGGUCGAUGAGCAGGAGGUUGAGGAACCGGCAGAAGCCACGGAUACAGGAAGAGCAGAUGUGGAUGUUGUUGCUGCAGACGACGAAGGGGAACAACUGGAAACUGAACAGGCCGUGGAUGUCAACCUAGUCGACAUCGCGUCGAAUGCGAUUAGCGCUUGUCCGGUUGAAAAUGGAGUUGUUUACACUCGUUGGGGUAACCUUGCGGCAGGAACUGUCCUUGCUGGCAUUGCUGCUGGCAUAGAGCCCCAAACCGUUGAAAUCCGAAAUUUGAUUCCGGCAAAGAACGGUCAGUUCAGAGCCCGUCAACAAGCUCAGCCGCUGCGAGUUGAUAAUCGUUGGGCAUCCACUUUAGCUGGAGAUCUAGGUGAGGUGACUCUACUACACUCUCCCUCACAGCCAAAUAACAUACAAGUGGGUGCUGCUGGAGCAUGGAAUCAAACCGUUGUACCGCGGUGGUUCUUCUUGAGCCAAAGAACAGCUUUGGAAAUGACUGAUGCAGAAAUUCGUGCAGGAAUUGACGGUCUUACGCUGGCGAACAACAUCGUAGAAUGGCGCAGUCGUGCCAACACUCUGCGACUGAGUCAACUGCUGGACAUGUACUAUUCACCGAGAGGAGUAUUCAACCAGCAAAUUCGCUCGUGUAAUCGACGUGACUUGUUCUCUACUACUGCACCCAUUCAAACCAUGCGAGAACAGGCUGCCGCUUUCAGUAAUGUUCUUGAUCGAGAAAUGCAAAUGGUCUUCACUGUUGCACCCGCUGCGAUCAAUCAAUUCUCAGCUGCUGCAUCUGAUGCGCUUGCCAACUAUGUUCCUACCGCUCUGAACGACUUAUCAUGCGAAGCAACAGCAAUUGUUCCAAAUGAUCUAACUAUCCAUCGAACAGCUUCUGAUCUCUUUAUAUUCAUCGACAGUUCCUGGCCUUUCAGAGACAUUCAAGCAGUUGUUGCGCACUUGCUUGAUGGAUUGGAUGUUGGUCGCUAUGGCACUACCUACACCGUUUUGAACGCCAUGACUGGUAAUGUGAUCAUUAAUGCAACCCGAUACCUGUCCGAUUUCCAUCGUGAAUACACGAACGCCAUUCACAUAGCUCAGCAAAAUGGCCUAAGCAUGCCUGCCGUGUUGCGAAAUCUUCGAGCCCAAAUUACUCCGAUUAUGAUGGCGGAACGACAAAAUUCCAGCAUGAGUGGCCGAUCGAAGAUUGGACUUAUCAUUCCGAACACGGCUGCAGUCAGCGAUGGAGAUACAAACUAUGCGGUCGAACAGCUGCAGAUACUGCGUGAAGAAGUACCAGACCUUCGGCUUCUGUUCUUCGCAGGUGGAUCACACACUAGGUUCAAUCGUUUCGUUCUCGAGGAAAGUCGCGAUGUCUUCCAACUGCGUGAAAUUGGGACCGGUGCCGUUAUCGAUACGGUUCAGGUUCAAACUUCUCCCGUGAUUCGCAGAAUACAGCAGGAACCUAGACGCAUUGUAAACCCGCGAUGUGGCCAUGACUGGAUACAGAACGAUUGGGGAUCAAACACGCUAAAUCAGUAUGUCGAACCGAGGGGCGUUGUGUUUUACCGCGUGCACCCGAAUUACUUCUUUGGUCCCGGUUCCAAUAGGCGGGUUAGAGUUCAAGGUCAUGGAUUUGCUCAGUUAACCAUUUGUCAGUCUAGAAUCAAUCCUAAUCCAAGGUCCAACGCAACUCAAGGCUCAGAUGCAAUCUGUCAGAAUGUCAACACGGAAACCGUAGAAAUCGAUUUGAACAAUGCAUGCGCCGGCCAUUCCCUGAUCCAGACUUGUCCGAAUGUAUUCUUCUCGGUAGAACACACACAGCAAACCGAGGUCACCCAAAUGAGAUGCACGGAUAAUGAUUGCCGCUUUCCGGACAACGCCCGCUUUGCCAUCAUCGCCGAUAAUCUUGGUUGUUUCAGCAGUGCAACGAAGUGGUUCGGCUCAUUGGGUUUGCUCAUCGUUGCUUUAUUGAGUAUUUUUUCCAGACAAUAG